AGGUCGGAUUCGAACCCGUCUUAAAUGAUGCAUAUGGGUCAUAACUCAUAACGACUUUCCGACAAUAAAGUUUACAAAAUAUUCAAAUUUGAAGCAAUAUCAGGCAGGCAAGCCUUAAAAUCAAAAUCUUGAAAUUCAAAUUGCCCGUUUUAUUUUCUCUUCAGCCGGAUUUUUGACGCCUCACUGACCGCCGAACCAGGCAACUACUCAACGAUUCACCGCCACGCCGCUCAUUAGCCACCGUACCAUAGCUCGCUGCUCUUCGCUGUGCUUGUCUUCUCUCUACAUACCCGCCUUUUUCUCUUUCUCUGGUAUAUACAAGUAUGGAAGGUAUACUUGUCGAAUCAGUUCAGAAUAGUUUGCGGCAAUUCAUUUACCCUAAUGCCAUUUUCAUAUGUGAACGUCUUUGUGCUGAGUUCCCUUCUGAGGAGCACUUUCAAUUGUUGGCUAGUUGUUAUUUGCGCAAUAAUCAAGCUUAUGCUGCCUAUCAUAUACUGAAAGGCACACAGAUGGCUCAAUCCCGAUACUUGUUUGCUUUAUCAUGCUUUCAGAUGGAUCUUUUAAAUGAAGCAGAGAAAGCAUUGACCCCAACUAAUGAGUCUGGUCUUGAGGUACCGAAUGGUGCAGCUGGCCAUUAUCUUCUUGGACUCAUCUACAGGUAUACUGACCGAAGAAAGACUGCUGUUCAUCAUUUUAAGCAAGCACUGUCGAUUGAUCCAUUGUUUUGGGCUGCAUAUGAAGAACUCUGUAUAUUGGGUUCUGCUGAAGAAGCGUCCACAUUUUUUGAUGAAUCAGCGGUUCUUACCAUACAGAAGCAGCAGCAACAGCAAUCACAAAAUGCUAGUACUUCUCAGAACUUUGGUAAUUUUACUGAGGAACGUAAUCAAGUUUCUACCAAGAGCUUGGGAGAUGCUAGUCCGAGGCAGCUGAAAAGUAUUCAUAGUAGUAGUGCUAAGGAUGUUUCCGGUAGUUAUCAAGGAGCUAUUGCAUCUUCAGGAGCUGUCAACCAACCCAUUAAUUGUGCACCUUCUAGCUUGUCAUUUUACAACACACCUUCUCCAAUGGCUUCACAGAUGUCUGCCAUUGCUCCUCCACCUGUUUUUAGGCAUUUACAGCAAAGUACUACCUCAGCAAGUACUGAAAACUCACACAGGUCAACAGUGAAUUCGACUCUUCAAGCCCCUCGAAGGAAGUUUAUGGAUGAAGGAAAAUUGAGGAAGAUAUCUGGAAGGUUAUUCCCUGAUUCUGGUCCCAGACGAAGCACACGCCUUGCGGGGGAAACAGGAGGAAGCUUCAGCACAGCAGCAACAUCAUCAACUGGGAAUGGAACAAAUCAGUCCAGCAAACAUAUUGGAAAUUCUAGGUUGAGCAAUGUAGGAUUACGCUCUGUGACAAUUCGUAAAGGACAGGCAUGGGCAAGUGAUAACUUUGAAGAAGGUAUUCGCCAUGAUGGCUUCGAUGACUCUCGUUUACAUUCACAAGUGGGUAUUAGUACAUCUUCCUCUUGUGAUGCUGGAUCUACUGAGCAGGAUGGUGGAUCAAUAAAUUUAUGCCAGACUACUUGUGAUGAUUCUAGAGUCCAUAAUGGAGCUCGUGAAAUUUUAGGUCUUUGGAGACUCCUAGGGGAGGGCUAUAGACUUUCUUGCCUGUACAAGUGCCAGGAUGCAUUAGACGUCUAUCAGAAGCUCCCAACCAAACAUUAUCAUACUUCGUGGGUGCUUUCCCAGGUUGGGAGAGCAUACUUUGAAUUGGUUGAUUAUUUAGAAGCUGAUCGUGCCUUUAGUCUUGCUCGACGCCUGUGUCCUUGCAGCUUAGAUGGAAUGGAUAUCUACUCCACUGUUCUCUAUCAUCUGAAGGAAGAAAUGAAACUGAGUUACCUGGCUCAAGAGUUGCUAUCAGUUGAUCGUUUGUCUCCUCAAACAUGGUGUGCUAUGGGAAAUUGCUAUAGUUUGCAAAAAGAUCAUGAUACGGCUUUGAAAAAUUUCCAGCGAGCUGUGCAACUGAAUUCAAAGUUUGCGUAUGCUCAUACUCUCUGUGGCCAUGAGCAUGUUGCUUUGGACGACUUUGAAAAUGCAAUUAGAAGCUUUCAAAAUGCUCUUCGUGUUGAUUCACGACAUUAUAAUGCAUGGUAUGGUCUCGGAAUGGUUUACCUUCGCCAAGAGAAGUUUGAAUUUGCUGAGCAUCAUUUUCGAAUGGCAUUCCAGAUAAAUCCUCAAUCUUCAGUGAUCAUGUCUUAUCUUGGAACUUCUCUUCACACUUUAAAGAGAAAUGAGGAAGCUUUAAUGAUGAUGGAGAAGGCUAUUUUAGCUGAUAAAAAAAAUCCUCUUCCCAUGUAUCAAAAGGCUAUUGUCUUGUCUAGCAUGGAUAACUAUGAUGAAGCUCUGGAGGUCCUAGAAGAGCUUAAGGAAUACGCACCUCGUGAAUGCAGCAUUUAUGCAUUGAUGGGUAAGAUCUAUAAGAGAAAGAACAUGUAUGAUAAGGCAAUGUUACAUUUUGGACUUGCCUUGGACAUGAAGCCUUCAGCAACAGAUGUUGCCACCAUCAAGGCAGCCAUAGAGAAGUUGCACGUACCAGACGACUUAGAUGAUGGUUUAUAGAUGGAUACUCAGAGAGAAGACACCAAAAACAACUGGAUAAUUAUAAUAGACAUCAAGUGCGCCAUCCGUUUUCCCAGAUAGAUUCGCCAAAGAAAGAGGCUGAAUUAUAUCGAGCUACAUUAUGAAGUUGAUGAGGGUUUCAACUAGGAAAUAUGUAAAAUAACAGUUUUGCUGAUAUUCGCACAAGCCAAAUAUGAGAAAGUAUUUUACGCUAGGCAACAAAAGCAUCCAUGAAUUUCGAUAUCUACGAUCGCUUCAUGCUGGGAAAAGGUGUUUAUCAGAUGUAGUUCAGUAGUUUUGUGUAUAUCCUUGAUGGGAAUUUCGGAUUGAUUUUAGAUCACCUGUACUCUUUUAGUUUAAACCUUUAGAUAAUUUAUCUAUUUGUACUCGACUUUCCGAAAAUAAAUGCCAACUUUUAUUGUUUGAGAUGUUA